ACCCAAGCAUCACAGAAUUAGAGUACAUGGAAAAACAACUCGACAGUGAUGUUAGAAAGAUAGACGUGUAAACGACAAGUGUCUUCACCUUUUGGGUCUUCAGGGGCUUCCUACCUUUAGAAGGAAUAAAACAUACGUGUAUAAGUUACAUUUAUAUCUUUUAUAAGCUGAUGUGCUGACAGGUGAGUCUCUUCUAUCUGCCUCGGUUCUGGAGUUGGACCAGUCUCGUGACGUCACUGUAAACAAACAUGGCGGACCACUGGCGUCCCUUUAGCUAGCUUAAACCCCGUUUAUUCAAAGCCGAACGAGUAAGUGUUGUUUAAAAGACGAAACUCUCAGUGUUUGUAGUUUAUGUCGGACUAACGUGGUCCGUCACGUACACCUGGAGCGGGUUUUAAAGCGGGAAAUGUCGACAUGUUGAAUUAGACGCUGCCUGAACAUGGAGCAGUACAGCAUCCUGGGUCGGAUCGGAGAAGGAGCUCACGGCAUCGUGUUUAAGGCCAAACACAUCGAGACAGGAGAGACGGUCGCUCUGAAGAAAGUGGCUCUGAGGAGGCUGGAGGACGGCAUCCCAAACCAGGCUCUUAGGGAGAUCAAGGCCCUGCAGGAGAUCGAGGACAACCAGCAUGUGGUGAAGCUGAAGGACGUCUUCCCUCACGGUACGGGUUUCGUCCUGGUGUUUGACUUCAUGCUCUCUGACCUCUCUGAGGUCAUCAGGAACUCUGAGCGACCUUUAACCCCGGCUCAGGUCAAAGGUUACAUGAUGAUGCUGCUGAAGGGCGCCUUCCUGCACCACAACAACAUCAUGCACCGGGACCUGAAGCCAGCUAACCUCCUGAUCAGCUCUUCAGGUCAUCUUAAAAUCGCUGACUUUGGUUUAGCUCGAUUGUUCAGUGAGCGGGGAGACAGACUGUACAGCCACCAGGUGGCCACAAGGUGGUACAGAGCUCCAGAGUUGUUGUACGGAGCCAGAAAGUACGACGAAGGAGUCGACCUGUGGGCAGUGGGCUGUAUUUGGGAGCUGCUGAACUCGUCUCCUCUGUUUCCUGGAGAAAAUGACAUCGAACAACUCUGUUGUGUCCUGAGAGUGCUGGGGACCCCGACACAGGAGAGCUGGCCUGAGAUUGUCACGCUACCAGAUUACAAUAAAAUCACCUUUAAGGAGAAUCCUGCGAUCCCAUUGGAGGAGAUCGUCCCCGACACGUCCCCUCAGGCUGUCGACCUGCUCUACAAGUUCCUGGUUUAUCCCUCCAAACAGCGCUGCUCAGCCAGACAGGCUCUCCUCCAUCCAUACUUCUUCUCCUCUCCUCUUCCUGCUCACCACUCUGAACUGCCCAUCCCUCAGAGGUGCGGACGACUCCCUCGCCAGCGCCUGCAGGCUCCGCCCACUGACUUUUCACUGGACCUACCCCUUCAGAGCAGCGUGGUAGACCCUGCGCUUCUGCAGGAACACGCCUCCUGUUUUUAAAAGAGCAACUGACUGAUUAAUAAUUUCAGUCCUUCAGUGACUCUGCUGAUGUUAUAAACAUGUGUUCAUUUAUUUAUUUGUGCUCUUUUCUACAAGCUGUUUGUGUUUAUUCUAACAGGCUGAAUAUAUCUGACUGAUAUUUAAAUCUUUAUUAAACGUUACUGUAGCUCCAACA